CUCCACUAGCGUAAUCGUAGAGAGAGACACACACACAUUCCAAGGAAAUUGUGUCCGUGGUUUUUAAUCAGUGCAGCAUGACCAGUCCACAAAAUGGAUACGUGAAUUAAGCAAUGGCGUAUAAGUGUAGAGAAGAGAUUGUUGGGAAGCGGUUUUUGUCAGUAAGAAGUCCGACAAAGCUUAAAGUAAGUAAAAUUUCUGAGUGGGAAUGGCGGUCAGGAGUUGUACGUGCUGUUUCCAGCCGAGACACUGCAAGUGUUGACUUCACAGCGCUGGUGGAGUACGAGGACGUGGAAUGGCAAAAACGGGAAUGGACGCGGGUGCAUGAGACGUACCAGGAAUUCCUUGUAGAGCACACCCUGGUGUGGACGUGCAGACCAGUCACCGAUAAGGAGUCCACGCCGUCGCCGCCACUUCCAGCGCUGUGCUUCAAGCCUAUCGUAGACAAGCUGGGACUUGGCACUACAAAGAAGCGAGUAGUUCAAUUUCUUGUGGAUCAUGAUUUGGCCUUUGUGGAGGAAGAAGACAUUAGGUUCUAUCAGGAAGGCGACGAGAAUCGAUAUGACGCGGGCAGUCCCGAGGCGCAGAAGGCGGUGAAGGCGUGGGUGGAUUACCAGGAUGGCCAGAAGAUCCUGCUGACCACCCCGACCGUACUUGUAGGGCUACCGUCUGAAGGUGUACCGUGCAGAGGGCACCACGCAGUGGUACACAGCCGUCAUCCAGUCCUACAACCACACCACCAAGAGUCUGACAAUUACAGACGAUACGGUGUUGGAGGAGCACAAUGAGGACCCUGCGCUCAUUCAAAUGCGCUUGAUCGACAAUGGGGUGGUGGACUCUAUUCUCCGGGGCGUGGAAGUGGGCAUCGCACCCCGAAGGCGACCGCGCAACAACCAGGUUGGCAAAGAGCAGUCACAUCAGGUAAAU